UAAAACGCUAAAAGAAACCAUGAGAUUGUCUCUUCCAAUCAACACUAUUAUAACCCUGCCCAGACCCAUUCUCCUGAUUCCUCCUUCUCGCCACCGUAAACCUAACCGUUUCUCAACCGUCGCGUUUCGUGGUGUUUCUCCGAGCCUGUGCCGUUGCUGGUUCUCGACUUUGAAGACGGCGAUGACGACGACGACUGUUGGAGGAGAAGAUAAUGAGAAGCAAUCAAAGAUCUCAGUCGAGUUGAAGGAGAAGAUUGAUCUCACUGAGAAGGAGCGGGAGAUUUUCGAUCGGCUUCUCGGUACUCUCAGGUUCUGCAACCUCGACACGCAGCUUCGCGUCGCCGGUGGUUGGGUUCGCGAUAAGCUUCUAGGGAGAGAUAGUGAUGAUAUUGACAUAGCGAUCGACAACAUGUCUGGAAGUGAGUUUCUUGAUAAGCUCAAGGAAUACUUAUCUUCUAGAGACGAACAAGUUCAAGGCGACACUGUUAUUGAAAGGAAUCCUGACCAAUCCAAACAUUUGGAGACAGCAAAGAUGCGCAUUUAUGACCAAUGGAUAGACUUUGUUAAUUUGAGAUGUGAAGAGUAUACAGAGAAUAGUCGUAUCCCUACAAUGAAAUUUGGCACCGCAAAGGAGGAUGCUUACAGGAGAGACUUAACCAUAAAUAGCUUGUUCUACAACCUUAACACUGCCUCAGUAGAAGAUCUUACAGAAAGAGGCAUCGAUGACCUCAAGUCCGGAAGAAUUGUUACACCAUUGCCUGCAAAAGCUACGUUUCUGGAUGAUCCUUUGCGAGUCCUCCGGGCUAUUCGCUUUGGUGCUAGAUUUGGUUUUACUCUGGAUAAUGAACUGAAACAAGCUGCUUCAAGUGAGGAGGUGAGGGUAGCUCUUGGAGAAAAAAUUAGCAGAGAGCGAAUCGGCAAUGAAAUCGACUUGAUGAUAUCUGGAAAUGGACCAGUUUCAGCAGUAACGCAUCUUUCUGACCUGAAGCUAUUUGGGGUUGUCUUUGCCUUACCAUCUUCAUCCGAGCCUGCACCGUUAGAGAAUUGUGGCAGCCUCUGCCAAGCAUACUUGGAAGCUAUGUGGAGCCUUAUUCAAACACCUGGGCUAGGAAAGUUCAGCGGUGAAGUAAGAAGGCUUGCUUUGUAUGCUGCACUGUUUCUUCCCUUUAGGAAAACCGUUUACAAAGACAAUAAAGGCAAACUGAUCCCUGUUGUCAACCACAUAUUCAAAUUCUCCUUGAAGCGGAAGACUAGUGAUGCUGAAACGGUUAUCAACAUACAUCGUGCUACGGAGAAAUUCCUAUCGUUGAUUGCUUCCUUUCGGUUGAAAAAUGACGUACAACUGGACAAGCUUGAUUGGGCCACUAAUAUUCUUGAGCUCUGGAAGUCUAUUUCCCUUGGUGAUCCAGAGCUCCCAGCAACAUCGAAGAUAAGAGUACUCACAGGGUUUCUUCUUAGAGAAGUCAAAGACUUCUGGCGUGUUGCACUCUUAACAUCUCUGUUGUUGAGUACGGUUGACGGCAUGAAGGAAGAUCAACAAAUUGGGCAUUUGGAUUUCCAACUGGACAAGUUGCGAGAAAUCUAUCAAACGAUCGAGGAAACCAUUCGUGAACUGGGUCUUGAUAACAUCUGGGAUGUAAAGCCUCUGGUGAAUGGGAGGGAGAUCAUGCAAAUUGCAGAGCUUAGCGGAGGAUCAUCCCUCAUCCGUGAAUGGCAACAGAAACUUCUCACAUGGCAGCUAGCUUAUCCCAAUGGCUCCGCAGAGGAAUGCAAAGAUUGGAUGAGAGAAAUACAAGCAAAACGACAACGGACAGAGUGAAUUGACUUUUGAAUCUGGUGCCUCUUUGUGCUAUGUAGUCUUUAAAAUCAUUCGACAUUGUAGCUUAGUUGAAUCUCAGAUUCGAGCGGAACUAAACCCAAAAAAAAAAUAAGAAUGAAACCAACAUGGACAGAGAGG